AUGUUGUACACCAAAAACCAAUCUUCAUUGGCCUCCCCGGCCACAGUCGUAAGCACAGCAACGGCGGCCGCGUCGGCUGGUGGUGGUGGAAGCAUUGUCGUCCGUAGUGGAUCCAUUGUGAACCCGAACACUCUUCCAGACCACCACCAGCAGCCUGUCCCAACGUUUGAAAACUCCUCUCCUCCACAGCAGCAGCCGUCGCAACAACAACAUCCCCCUGCCAAAAUGGUCAACCGUCUCAAGUCGCUGGUGAGUAAGAAAAAAAAGCGUUUUCAAGCGGAUGGUUUCGACUUGGACCUCAGUUACAUCUCCCCACGCAUUAUUGCCAUGGGCUUUCCUGCGGAGCGCAUUGAGGGUCUUUAUCGCAACCAUAUCGAUGAAGUCUCUCGAUUCUUUGAGAUGAGGCAUAAAGGCCACUACAAGAUUUACCACUUGUGCAACGAAAGGGAUUUCAAUGAAUAUCGUUUCUCGGGGCCAGUUGUACGCUAUCCCUUCUCCGACCACAAUGCUCCCCAGUUUGAACAAAUUCUUGCUCUCUGCCAGGACGUCAUGGCGUUCUUGAAACAACAUCCCGAGAACGUGGUGGCUAUCAACUGCAAGGCUGGCAAGGGUCGUACAGGUGUGAUGGUGUGUGCAUGCCUGAUGGAACUGCAAGAGGCAAGGAAUGCUGAGGAAGCACUAAGGCUGUACGCAGAGAAACGGACACGCAACGGUCAGGGUGUGACCAUCCCUAGUCAGCGACGCUAUGUUCAGUAUUACAGCCGUCUCUUCUCCUCUGCCCUUACCUAUGAACCCACGCCUCUUCGCCUAACCACAAUUCGCGUUGAGGGCCUUCCGCAUCAUCUCCAUGGUGUACAGAAUUUCGAAUUGAGUAUUUCGACCUACGAGAAUCGGUUGUCGAUCAACCACAACCACGUUUUCACUUCAGCAGAGGAGGUCUCGCAUUCUCAGGGUAACUCGGUCACCUCUAUCACUGCCACUGCAUCCGCCAUCCCUCCUGUUACGGUUGCCAGUACCACUAUUGUUGGUGCAGCAGAUAAUAGUCCCGACUUUGACUGCCAUCGUCAUUCGGACGUGACUACGUACCAAAUUCCCUGCUCUACGCACCACAGUGACAACGGUAGCUACCUCAUUCGUCUUGACGAGCCAGUAACUGUGUUCGAGGACUUCAGGAUAAAGAUCAAAGCAAAGAGCGGUGUGCUCACCAAGAAGAUUGGUCAAUGUUGGCUAAACACCUUUUUCAUACUCCUGAAUGAUCCUGCCACUACUCCUACUGCUUCCUCUACUAGCAUAUCUCCCAAUGCUGUCACACCCAUCGGUUGUUGCUCCGCUUCUGACUCGAACUCCGGUUCUGGGUCUUCCUCGGAGUCUUCUGCUUCAACGGCCUCUUCCACCUCCUCGUCAGUUCGGAAUUCUCCUCCUCGUUUCACUGAAGUGAAUGAGGAGCUGGAGGAUGGGGAGGAGGAAGAUGAUGAGGAAGAAGAGCUCCCAACUCUCACUUCGAAUUCCACACUCCUUCAUUCAACAUCUCCCUCUCCUCCUCCUCUCUCUUUGACCAUUCAUCCUAGUCCCACAGAUUCCGUGGUAAUGUUGCGUCGCAGUUCAAAUCCCUUCCGUUUUGCUACUCCAAAGGGCGGUGUCUCUAUGCCAUCUGUCUCCAUUCCAAAGAAAGAUAAUGGACCUUCAUCCUGUACUAGUUUCACCAAAAAGAGUUCUCCUAACACAAAUCUCUUGUUCUCUUCCUCCAUGUCUACUCAACUGGCUACUCCGUUAGCGGUACGGGUUCUCGAAUUGUCUCAAUCCGAACUCGAUGCCGCAGCCAAGGGCAGAGGCAAGAAGGGGGAAGAGUUUAGGGUCCUGUUUGAGUUCAUUCGUGAAACACCCUGCUCUCAAUCUGCUUCGGCUUGCAGCAGCGUGAAUUUUCCGAAUCCAUCUACCUCCUGUUCUUCUCAGAGGCCAGUGGCAAUGGAUCUGGAGGGUGUGGAAGAAGUGGUAGAAGCGGAAGAGCAGAUUGGAAGCACCACCUCACUUUCCGCUACAUAUUUCCAGGAUCACCACCAUUCCUUCCAUUCCCCUGCAGAAUCUACGACAAAUCAUACUGGUGCUCUGGUCUCGUGA